UCAGAGCCUAAUGUACCUGGUAUCGGCUUGACUGGAUGGUUUCUCUUAAUUCUCCAAAACAGAAUAAGAGUGAACUAUAACAAUCCAGUUUACUGAACUGUUUGUUAGCUUUAUUCUAGGAAAGCUAUUAUUUUCAUCUCAACACAACUUGAAGACUUCUAUCAAAAUGUAUUGUGGAGAUUACAUACAAGGAACGAUUUUUCCAGCUCCAAAUUUUAACCCUAUUAUGGAUGCCCAGUUGCUAGGAGGAGCCCUACAGGGGAUUAGUUGUGAAAAAGAUGUGUUGAUUGAUAUCCUAACGCAGCGUUGCAAUUCACAGCGGCUUAUGAUUGCCGAGGCGUACAGAGACAUGUAUGGCAGGGAUCUGAUAACAGACCUAAAAGAAAAUCUCUCUCAUCACUUCAAAGAAGUCAUGGUUGGCUUGAUGUAUCCACCUGCCUCCUAUGAUGCCCAUGAGCUCUGGCAUGCCUUGAAGGGAGCGGACACAGAAGAAAAAUGUCUAAUUGACAUAUUAGCCUCAAGAUCAAACAUGGAGAUCUUCCAGAUGAAAGAAGCCUACUUAAUGCAAUAUAAUAAUGAUCUUCAACAAGAUAUUGAUUCUGAGACUUCAGGUCACUUCAGAGAUACGCUCAUGAACCUUGCUCAGGGAACAAGGAUGGAAGGAUAUGCAGAUCCUUCUACAGCUGCUCAGGAUGCAAUGAUUCUAUGGGAAGCAUGCCAGCAGAAAACAGGCGAACACAAAAACAUGCUGCAAAUGAUUCUCUGCAACAAGAGUUACCAGCAGUUGUGGAUGGUUUUCCAGGAGUUCCAAAAUAUCUCUGGGCAAGACAUAGUAGAUGCCAUUAACGAAUGCUAUGAUGGAUACUUUCAAGAACUACUGGUUGCAAUAGUUCUCUGUGUUCGUGACAAGCCUUCCUACUUUGCUUACAGGCUUUAUAAUGCAAUUCAUGACUUUGGCUUCCACAAUAAAACAGUUAUAAGGAUUCUCAUUGCCAGGAGUGAGAUUGACUUGAUGAAUAUUCGACGGCGAUACAAAGAGAGAUAUGGGAAAUCACUCUUUCAUGACAUUAAGCAUUUUGCUUCAGGGCAUUAUGAGAGUGCUUUACUUGCUAUAUGUGCUGGUGAUGCUGAAGAUUAUUGAGGAAGAAGAAGAUGAACUUUGAAGGCUGUAUAAAUCUAUUUUAAAUAGAAAUUGAAGCUAUACACAAUACACUAACUGUAAGAGAUUCCUAUUCUGUAUAAUAGAACAGAAAAAAAUCAGUGCUAAUAUUGAAUCUUUCUUGAGACAGGAAAAAAUGUUGGCAGGAACAUAGUUUUAUCCCUAGUACUAAUUAAUAUUUCUGUUUCUAUGAUUAAUGCAAAUUAAUGAAGCAAGUAGUUAAGAAACACCAUGUAAGCAUAAGUUUAUCAUUUAGUCUCACAACAUCACAAACAUUAAGACAAUAGGCUCUAGAAGAACCUAUUCACUUCCACCCUGGAGAGAAAAAAUGUUUUGUUUUCUUUACUUCUAGCAGCACAAUUUCUUCCUUUAAGUAUUCUUUUUCUUUUCUUUCCCACUUCUCAUACCUCAUAUUUUAUGCUCUUUAACAUUAUUAGUUCAGUUACUAUCAAAGUAAGCAUCUGCCCCAGUCUAUUAACAGUCACUCACCAAGGAGUGCUUUUGUAUUAUCUUUCACUUACCCCACAUACUUAACGGCAUUUCCCUUCUUCCAUUUGAAACGAAAGAAAAAAUUAGAAUCAAGUAUGCCAAGCCAUUCUCAAUUUAUGCCAUGCACUGCAAACUCCUGGAAGACGAAGCAGUACAUAGCUUUGAGCAGAGAAGUUCCAGAGGAUUAAACUCUGAAAUUCCAUUUGCACCUCUCUCAUUUUAAUCACUAAUUGAAUAUUGACCUUCAGAGCACCGAGGUAUUUCCAGGAUGCCCCAGGUGGUAGCAGUAGGCAACACUGCACCUCCAAAUGAUGCUGAAGGAUGCAGCGCUCCUCAGAGUACCAGCAAACACAGCCUGAUAACACCUGGUGACAACAACUCAGACCACAAGGAGGAAAAGAGGCAGAGCCCAGCCCUGAGCCAUCAUCCCGUGGGAAAAUGUGACAGUGCUUUUAAAUACCCCGAGCCUAUGCAGCGCAGCCUACCGAUGAGCCUCCAGCCCCUGCCCUUGUGCCUCCUCUGUGUCUCUCACGUAAACGGGCCCAACUAAGGGGAAACGUGGUAACGUUCACUAAAAUAACUGCCCUUCGUUUUUCUCCUGCAGCUACAAGGUUUCCAACUUUGACACAGACGUUUGAUGGUUUUUUUUUAAAUAGGUACUUUUUGCAAGUAUAGCUCAGUAUGACGGAAUAAAGCACUACUAUAAAAACAUACGAAUACAUAGUUGCUUUUACGCUGUUUGCACCUGUCCCUUGCCUCAGCCUGUGAGAACGUUACUUUCAGUGUA